AUGAUGUUUUUUUGGAGUUCAUGUGACUCCUUUUAUCAAAAUUUUGUAGUCUUCUGGGAAAAAAUGAAAUUUUUGGCUCAAAGAUGGUUAGUCUCUCAUCCAUUGUUGUUCAUCGUCCUGUGUAGAAUGUGUUAUAUUUAA